AUGGAGAGUCUCAAGUUUGCAUCUUUGGCGUUGCCCCCUCCUUUUCGACGCUCUGGGAUGCUAGGAAACUGGUUGAAUUUCCCUCUACUUACUAUUGAUUCUGCAGCACAGUUUUGCUAUUGCAAGGCUGAUCUUGCUGCUGCGUCAUCAAGUAUUCCUCUGCCACACCUAAGAUUUUCUUGUAGAUUUUCACCAAGUGUAGCAACAGCAACAUUGACCUCAAAUCUUUAUACCAAAGAUUGGAUAUUGCACUCAACUGCACAGAUUGAAAAUAUAAUCACAAGUAAUGAAGAUCAAAGCAUGUGGGAAGCAUGUAAACAAGCUCUUUCUGCAUUUAACUUUAGUGAUGAAGAAAAGGUCAAGAUACUAGGGAAAGCAUUUGGUCUUGUUCAUUCCCCUUAUUGGGGAGAAGAACGAAAGACAGAAGUUCCAAAAUUUGAGACAGUAAAGGGAAUACUAGACUAUCUGAGGAGUUUAAAUCUUUCUGAUGAUGAUCUGUCUAAGUUGCUAAAAAAGUUUCCAGAAGUUCUCGGAUGUAAUUUAGAGGAGGAGUUGAAAGGCAAUGUAAAGAUACUUGAGGAGCAGUGGAGUAUUAACGGCAAUUCCCUUAGGAAACUUCUCCUUAGAAAUCCCAAAGUUUUGGGUUAUAAUGUUGAUUGCAAAGGAGACUGUAUUGCACAAUGCACUAGAUGCUGGGCUCGCUUCUAG